GUACUUUUACAYWGCAAGAUGAUACAUACUUCCUUGUUCGGAACGAAAGGUCUGUUGCUGUUGAGUUUGAGAUUUCAAUAAGCCACUCUUCAAAUUUCAGCUCAACUAAGAAAUCCUCAUUUUUCGGGUAUCAAUCAUUUAAUGCAAUUGGACCGCGACGCUGAUUCUGACUGAACGAUAAGCUCAACAAACAAAUCUUUACUCGAGGGCACCAUUUAGUAAUCUGUCUGGAAGUCUAUUCUACAAGUCGCUGAUACUGACUGAACGAAAGCCAAAACCCACAUACUCUACGGCUAUGGAUUUGAAUAUUGCAAAACUUUUCAUCAGGUUUUGUGUGUCGUAUGCAGCUCACCAUUCUAUUCUUAAUCACACAAAACCAAAAAGAGAAGAACUGAUCUCCUUGCUAGAGGAAUGUUUGGUGAUGGCUCUUUUAUUACAUGAUACCAAAUUGCUUGUUCUCAUUUAUGUUCCGCUUGGUAAUUUAUGUCAUCUCGUCCAUCAAGCAGCUAAGGCAAUUUAUUAUUUCCAGAAUCUUCUAAGCCUUAUCACUGGUGAAGGCAAUCAUGGUCUAGAGAUUUAUGCUAACCACCAUUUAGGAAAUAUCUAUGAUUCAUUAGGAGAAUAUCACAAGGGGAUUGAAUAUUAUGAAAAGACCCUAGACGUUGCUAAAGAGAUUGGCGACAGACGGGGAGAAGGAGCUGCUUAUGGAAAUGUAGGGGCUGCCUAUGAUUCAUUAGGAGAAUAUCACAAGGCGAUUGAAUAUUAUGAAAAGGGUCUGAGCAUAUAUAAAGAGAUUGGCGACAGACAGGCAGAAGAAGAUACUUAUAGAAAUUUAGGGACUAUCUAUUAUUUAUUAGAAGAAUAUCACAAGGCGAUAGAAUAUCAUGAAAAGAGACUGAGCAUAGCUAAAGAGAUUGGCGACAGACAGGGAGAAGGAGAUGCUUAUGAAAACUUAGGAAUUGUCUAUCUAUCAUUAGGAGAAUAUCACAAGGCGGUUGAAUUUCACGAAAAGAGACUUAGCAUAGCUAAAGAGAUUGGCGACAGACAAGGAGAAGGAGCUUCGUAUGAACAUUUAGGGUUAGCCUAUCACUCAUUAGGAGAAUAUCACAAGGCGAUUGAAUAUUAUGAAAAGAGACUGAGCAUAGCUAARGAGGUUGGCAACACACAGRGAGAAGGAGCUGCUUAUGGAAAUUUAGGKGCUGCCUAUGAUUCAUUAGGACAAUAUCACAAGACGAUUGAAUAUCACGAAAAGAGACUGGGCAUAGCUAAAGAGAUUGGCGACAGACAGGGAGAAGAAGAUGCUUAUGGAAACUUAGGGAAUGCCUAUCUAUCAUUAGGAAAAUAUCACAAGGCGGUUGAAUUUCAMGAAAAGAGACUGAGCAUAGCUAAARAGAUUGGUGACAGACAAGGAGAAGGAUAUGCUUAUGGAAACUUGGGGAAUGCCUGUCGAUUAUUAGGAGAAUAUAACAAGGCGAUUGAAUGUCAUGAAAAGAGUCUGAGCAUAGCUAAAGAGGUUGGCAACAGACAGGGAGAAGAAGUUACUUAUGGUAAUUUAGGAAAUACCUAUAAUUCAUUAGGAGAAUAUCACAAGGCGAUUGAAUGUCAUGAAAAGAGUUUGAGCAUAUCUAAAGAGAUUGGCGGCAGACAGGAAGAAGGUGCUACUUAUGGAAAUUUAGGGAAUGCCUAUUUUUCAUUAGGAGAAUAUGGGAAGGCCAUUGAAUUUUGCGAAAAGAGUCUGAGCAUAGCUAAAGAGAUUGGUGACAGACAAGGAGAAGGAGAUGCUUAUGGAAACUUAGGAAAUGUCUAUUAUUCAUUAGGAGAAUAUCRCAAAGCGAUUGAAUAUCACAAAAGGUUACUGAGCAUAUCUAAUGAGGUUGGCGCCAGACAGAAAGAGGGAGCUGCUUAUGGAAAUUUAGGGAAUGUCUAUUAUUCAUUAGGAGAAUAUCACAAGGCGAUUGAGCAUGUUGACUUGUCACCGRACAACGUCUAUAACGAUGAUUGUUGUGCAAAGACGCGUAUUGCAUAUCAGAAAGAAUCGAGCAUUAAAGACCUCAGCAAAUCAAAAGAACACCUAGAGAAGAGCAUACAAUGCUACGAUAAAUUGUUUGAUGAUUUAAAAGACAAUGACCAAUUCAAGGUUUCAAUUGUCGAUACAUUCAUCAUAACCUACAARAUCCUCAGCCAAGUCUACAUCAAAACAAGACAAAUCGAAGAAGCUCUCUUAGUGUGUGAACGUGGGCGAGCACGYGCUUUGAGAGAUCUCUUGUUCCUUAAAUACCACGCAACUGAGAAAACAGAAUCAAAAGAACUGGAAUCUGCAGAUGUAAAAACAAUUUCKUCAUAUAGAGAAGGCUGYAUUCUUUUUUACAAUCUUGAUGCUAACAAGGUAACRUAUGAUUGCUGGAUCAUAUCAUCCCAAAGUCCAUCAACCUUCUAUUAUGAUGAAWUGGMCAACAUCGAAGCUUUGGCAACAAUUUUGUCGAGUCUGUCUGAAGAUGAUAAAACAAACAUGGAGACGGGAUAUUUUCAAUAUCUCGUUGACAACAGUUUUCGCCAGCUGCGCCUUCGAGAAGAAAUGAAAUGCGAUGACCAAUCGAUKAACUUACUAGACCAUGAAAACGGGGAGCCUGCAGAYGUWACAAGGUCUUCAAAGCUCAGAGAAACUGCCCUCACAGUUUUUCGACAGGUUGACAGAUGGUGCGCUUCCACGGACGAUGAAGAUGAUAUCGAGCCUCUCGAYGUGCUCUCCCGUAGACUUCUUUCUCCAGUGAUUAACCAGCUGACCCACGACGAGGUGGUCAUCAUCCCYGACGGUCCUCUGUUCAUGGUGCCAUUUGCUGYUCUUCAWGAUCCAGUGACCGGCAAGUAUUUAUCGGAAACGAAGCGCAUUCGCCUGGCUCCUUCUCUGACGACGCUGAAAAUUCUACAAGAAUCCUCAGACGAAAAUUAUGCUAAGUCAGGGGCACUGAUCAUUGGAAACCCUACAGGUGAUUUACCUGGUGCAGAGAARGAAGCUGUCGARAUUGRYRACCUCCUCGGUGUUCAACCAUUGAUAGGAAAACAAGCAACAAAAGAAGUAAUUUUGGAGAAACUUAAGCAAGGCGUGUCCGUGAUCCACUUUGCUGCACACGGCAGAGACAAAAAUGGCCAGAUCUUACUUUCUCCUUCUAAUCCUCUGACGGAUUCGUGUCCAAAAGAGGCGAAAAAGGACAGCAUCUUGACCAUAAAGGAAGCACAGGAGAGCGGAAUUCGUGCUCAACUGGUUGUUCUGAGCUGCUGUCACAGCGGUAAAGGUGACAUCAGGUCUGAGGGAGUGGUUGGGAUGGCCCGAGCCUUUCUUGCUGCAGGAGCUCGUGCUGUUGUAGCAUCACUUUGGGCCAUUGAUGACACAGCAACAAGGYUCUUUAUGCUGAAAUUCUAUUCGCAUCUCAAGAAUGGAGAGAGUGCCAGUAAGAGUCUGCAGCAGGCAAUGAAGGAGAUGAGAGAAAUAGAGGAAUACAAGGGACCAAAAUACUGGGCGGCCUUCUUUCUAAUUGGAGACGAUGUAACCAUCACGGCGUAA